UUCAUGUCGUUCCUUCUCGAAGGAUCUGCGAAGCUUCAGUUCCCAUCCGCUUUACGCGCCGAACUUUUUCUAUCGUUCUUUUUCUCUUAAUCCGAUACAACACAACCCCUUUGCAAUCCUAAUAAAAAUGGAUCUACUCUACCGCAUGCCAACCUCAUUACACUGCUCUCAUAAGCGCUCGCAUUCCCCUUCUUCUUCAUUGCAACGACAGAUCUUUAAAAAGAAAAAACGGGCUCAUGAUCUAACCUAUCCUGCGUUUCCCGAGCAUUUACAACAAGCAAUACCAAUAGGACACGACAAUAUAGCACAUAAUAAUAUCCCAAUGAAUAUACCAAAGCAACAGACGCAUAACAGCAGCAGCAGCACAAACGAGGUGAUACUAAUCAAUGACAUGGACGCAUUCUUAGCCGGAGACGACGUGUACGAUCUGGAGGAUACAGCGAACUAUACACUAUUGCAUGGUGACAAAAGUCGACACCUAGUGGACGUCAAGUUUAAAGAUGGAUCGUCGAUACCAAUGGAACGAAGGGCAGGCGAAAGAAGGUUGAGAAUACCAGACUUUGUAUUGAAUGGUAGCAACACGACAACAGCAUCAACGAAUCAUAUUGAUGAAGGCAGCAGCAACCGCGCAUUAAUUCGGUAUCAGCCGCCACUCCGGCCAAAUAAUACAGGGGCAAGCGAAGGAACGCGACAACAGCAUCAGGACGAGGAGAAUGAACGCGGUGAUCGGAUGAUGGAAUUGGAUAGCAGCAGCAGCUACCACUAUCAUCACCUGCCACAACCUCAUAACAACAGCAACGAUAGCGUUAGUAGUAGUAGUAGUCGAGAAGAUGAAGACAAUGACACCAUCAUAGCAAUGGAAAUCGAUUAAGCAAAAAGAGAAAGCGCACUCUAUACAUAAUACGCAUGAGAAAUGUUCGUUGUCCUUGUUCUUACCUCUUGCAUAAAAAAACCAACUGCAUGCCUCAAACCCGAGCAAUUUCAGUAUCGACCAUGAUGCCCAAGCUUCCGAAUCCUUGCCCUCCUAAAGCCAAUUGUCAAA